AUGGCGCCGCCACGUCCGCCCCAGCACGGCCCACAAGUCCUGCCGCCGCCCCACAGCGUCGAGGGAGACGGGGGUCCGGGGUGGAGAGCGGAGCAGCGCGGUGGGUCCCCGUCGGUCCAUGCCGAGAGCAACAGCGACCAGCUGCGGCCGGAACAAGUCGCGGACGGAGGGCGUCCGAGCAAACAAAAGCGGCGACGUCGCAAUAUCGGGGAAAGUGAAGAGAAGCCGCGGUGCGAACGGCGCGCGCCCCGCUCCGCCACUGGCCGGCGGCCCGGCACCGCAGGCGCGGCCUCGCAUUCAUUAACGGCCGAAAAGUUCCCAAAAAUAAUUGUCAGUUUCAAAAUAAAUCGGCGCUAUCCUGGUCGCUUACCUGACCUGCGCUGCGGGCUGCGGCGUCCGCGUCCGCGUCUCUGCCGUCGGCGGCGGUGGCGGUGUGCCCGCGCGGCGGCGCUGCGCUCGCCGGCCGCCCCCCACCACCGCGCCGACGUCGGCGCCUUACCUUCCCCCGACCCGCCGCGCCCCUCCCCCAGCGCCGGCACCCCCCUCCCCCUUCCGGACGCCGAGGCGCGGCCGUCACCGCAACCCCUUCCCGCCGCGUGCGACUGCCGAGCGCUCCCGACUCUAGCCGACAGUGGCCGACGCGCAAAAGUUUUCCACACACUCUCAAUGUCAAGCUGCGUGCCGCAGAGCUCUCGUGCUAAUUCGUGGUUAGUUCUGACACCCUGA